CCAGGAAUUUCCUCGAGCUCUUAAUUUUUCCCUAGGAAAACCGAAUGCGAGCGCCUCUAUACUACAGCUACCAUAACUGCACACGGUUAUCAUAAACCGAUUACUGAAGAGUGAAGACGUCAUCUAUAAACUGACAGUUAUCUGUACCGAUAUCAUAAACAGAGUAAACAUAACAAUUGUGCACGAUGAUUUGCGAUGGUGUAAUGCAUAAUAUUAAAAUUUUUUAAAUCGACAACAUUUAAAAACUUAUGCUACAUUAUAAAAUACAUUAAACUAAAAAUUGUAUUCCAUUUCUGUAGUAUAAAAACAACCGUUCAUUUCAAAAUAAAAUAUAAUUAAUGAAACUUUUAUUGAACAAUUACAUAAUAAAUUUGUUUUUAUCAUAACAGAUAAUACACAGAUUUUUAAAUAAAAAAAUACUUGACUUACAAAUUUUUUAAAGCAUUAAAUUUAAUACAAGUCUUUAUAAAAUAAUAAUAUGAACUUGCGAGAACCAAAGAAAAAACGACACGUGAAAUUAAAAGAGGGCCCACCAUUUCCAAUUGUAAUAGGCGAUCAAAAUGAAUGGGUGACUUAUACUGCUCACCUUACAGAUUUAGGGUCAUGCAUAGUCGAUCCGAAUGAAAUUGCUGCAGUACAUUCUAUGGGUUUUUUUGGCAAAGGUACAUUGUCACGUGGAUUUCCUUCUUUUGGAAAAGCACGAUAUGGAGCACCUCCUGUUAUAAGAAAUAGACAAUGGACUCGUAGACAAGAAUGGUUAAAGCAGUUUAACGAACUUAGUAUGGAACCCGCUAAUAGUAAAUAUAUAAAUUCAGCAGAAAGUAAAUACGAAUUUCCUCAUGUCAAAGACUUUGAAGAUGAUGAAAAGACAUCAAAGAGCCCAGAAAAAGAAAAUACACUAGAAAUAAUUGAAAUAGAUACAAAUACUGCUCCUUCGAACAAAAAUUUAAAAAAGACCCAACUAACCAAUAAAGAGAUAGAAGUUAGCGAACUAAAUCCUGAUUUAACACAAAAAGAUGAUGCGUGCAUUAUUAUAAGUAAUGAUUGUAACAAACAAUCUCAGAAUAGUAAAAGUAAAAAUAAAGAAUGCAUAGAAAGUGAAGAGUCUUAUUGCUUUGAAGAUUUUAAUUUUAAAGAAGAUAAUGUAUGUUUUAUUAACAAUGAUACAGACAUCCAAAACAAAUUACUUGUUUUACCAAACAGCGACUCCGAAACUGAGAAUUAUUUAAAAGAAAUAAAACCGAAAAUUGAAUGUGGAAGUUUUCCAGUACAAGAAACUCUUCAUCUCACAUUUGAAGAAACAUUCUUCCUUUUGUACGGCUUAGGUUGUUUAAAUUUAAUAGACUUUGAUGGUAAUUUAUUAGACAUUGAUAGUGCCUGGAAUUUAUUUUGCAAAGUUGAUAAAAAUUUUGUGCAAAAAUAUGUUGUAUAUCAUUAUUUUCGAAGCAAAGGAUGGGUAGUAAAACCAGGACUUAAAUAUGGUGGAGACUUUUUGUUGUAUAAACAAGGACCGCCGUUUUAUCACGCGUCAUAUAUCGUCAUAGUAGACGUUUUGGACAGUGAUUCGUUAAUCAGAAACGAAAAUAAAUCUAUGCACAAAUCAACAUGGAAUAAUUUAUUAGGUCUAGAUAGACUGUCAGAAACUGCUGCAAAGGAAAUAUUAUUUGCUCAAGUUUUAUGGCCAUCUUCAGUUUCUCAUACUUCUAAUAUGUUUAAUGUAGAAAUCUUGUCAGAAUUUUCUGUAAGAGAAUUAUUGUGGAGAAGGUGGAAUCCAAAACAUAACAGAGAUAUAGAAGAGGAAGAUGAUGACUCGUGUUAA